AAAAUUCUCGUGGCUUCUAGAGCAUUCUAUGUGACUGUUUUAUACUGUGAAUAUUUUUUUUUCAUCACCCGGUUUCAUUCAGUUUCAUUCAGCAUUUAGAAUAAAAAACGAACCGUUUGCAAAACUACAAUAAUUUUAACAUAACAAGCCUUUAAACAACACCAUUAUAUCAUUCAAAGCAAGACAAUUUAUUUAAUAAUAAAUAAAAAUAAAAAAUUUUUCAACAAAAGUGAAGUUUGAUUGAUAAACAAUUAUUUUUUUUGGUGUAUAAUUUAUUGAGAAAAAAAAAUGGAGCAGGUAUCAGCAUUGAAAGACAAAGGUAAUGCAGCACUCCAAGAAGGAAAAUUUGAUGAUGCUGUCAAAUAUUACACCGAGGCAAUAGCCUUAGAUGGUACUAACCAUGUACUGUAUAGUAAUCGUUCAGCAGCAUAUGCAAAAAAUGGUAAAUAUGUACAAGCAUUAGAAGAUGGUGAAAAAACAGUUGCCCUAAAACCAGACUGGGCCAAAGGUCAUUCACGUGUUGGUAGUGCAUUGAGUUAUCUUGGAAGAAUGACUGAAGCUAUCAAAGCUUUUGAAACAGCUCUUCAAUUAGAUCCAAAUAAUGCUCAGUAUGCUGAAAAUUUAGCAGAUGCACGUGCUCAAAAAAAUCAAAAUGCAAUGCCAAAUCCAUUUGCAUCACCUGAUCUUAUGAAUAAAUUACGUAAUGAUCCAAAAACAAGUGAAUAUUUUAAAGAUCCAUCAUAUUUACAAUUAUUAAAUGAAUUAAGAACAAAUCCAAAUGCAUUAACAUCAAAAAUUCAAGAUCCAAGAGUUUUAGCAAGUCUUGGUGUUUUACUUGGUUUUAAUGCAAUGAGUGGUGAUGAUGAAAGUAUGGAUAUUGAUCCACCAACAAAACCAACAACAGAAACUAAAAAAAAAGAAGAACCUAAAAAACAAGAAGAAAAUACAAAUAUGACACCUGAAAAAAAACAAGCAAUUGAUGAAAAACAAAAAGGUAAUGAUGCAUAUAAAAAAAAAGAUUUUGAUAAUGCAUUAUUACAUUAUAAUAAAGCAAUUGAACUUGAUCCAACUGAAACAACAUAUUUAUUAAAUAUUGCUGCUGUUUAUUUUGAACAAAAAAAUUAUGAUAAAUGUAUUGAACAAUGUGAAAAAGCCAUUGAUAUUGGACGUGAAAAUCGUGCUGAUUUUAAAUUAAUUGCUAAAGCAUUUACUCGUAUUGGUAAUUCAUAUAAAAAAAUGGAAAAUUGGAAACAAGCUAAAGUAUAUUAUGAAAAAUCAAUGUCAGAACAUAGAACACCAGAAAUUAAAGCAUUAUUAUCAGAUAUUGAACAAAAAAUUAAAGAAGAAGAAAAAAAAGCAUAUAUUGAUCCAGUAAAAGCUGAAGAAGAAAAAUCAUUGGGUAAUGAUAAAUUUAAAUUGGGUGAUUAUGCUGGUGCUGUUAAGCAUUAUACUGAAGCUAUUAAAAGAAAUCCAGAUGAUGCUAAAAUAUACAGUAACAGAGCAGCAUGUUAUACUAAAUUAGCUGCAUUUGAUUUAGGAUUAAAAGAUUGUGAAACAUGUGUUGAACUUGAUCCAAAAUUUGUCAAAGGUUGGAUAAGAAAAGGUAAAAUAUUACAAGGUAUGAAACAACAUAGAAAAGCUGCUAAAGCAUAUGAAACUGCAUUAUCAUUGGAUCCAAAUAAUGCUGAAGCUGCUGAGGGUUAUCGUAGUGCAUCAAUGUAUCAUGAUUCAAAUCCUGAAGAAGUCAGAAAACGUGCCAUGGCUGAUCCAGAAGUACAAAGUAUUUUACGUGAUCCUGCUAUGAGAAUGAUUCUUGAACAAAUGCAAAAUGAUCCAAAAGCACUUCAAGAUCAUCUAAAGAAUCCUGCAAUUGCUGAAAAAUUACAAAAACUUUUGGAAUCUGGCUUGAUUGCAAUUCACUAGAAGAAAAAAUAUCUUUCAGCAUUUUCGUUUUUUUUUUUUUUUUACACAAUGCUUUGGGAGUUAAUAAAAAAUUAAAAAAAUAAUAUGCAGUUGCUUACCUGAAAUUGAACAAGUUGUCAUUAAUCAACAAAUUUAUUUUAUCUAGUUUAUUUUCUGGAUAAAUAAAAAAAAUAAAUGCAAAAUAUUUCCAAGAGU